CCUCGGAUGUCCUCCUCCGCUUCCGCAUUGCUAAUGAGAAAAAAACAACAAGCAAAAACCGGUCGGUCCGGCUUAUCCGCUGCCGGGCCGGAACAAUGCUCGGUCUCGGCGGCGGCGCAGGAGGAGAGCACCGCGGGGCGGCUGCUGGUGCGCUGCUCGUGGGCUGCUCGUGGGCGGCCCGCAGGUCAUGGAGGGCUGCUGCCGCUCGUGCCUGCCGUGCUUCAAGCGCCUGUGGGAUCGCGUCUGGCCCGACGUCCGCUACCCGAGCGUGCCCAACCACGUCGUCGCCAACCCGGCCGCGCGGGCCGCCGAGAUCCGGACGGUGUCGGGCGACGUCCGCGCGCCGUCGCCCAAAAAGAGGCCGGUGCAACUGUACGCGGCGCUCUUCGACUUCGAGGCCCGCGGCGACCACGAGCUGACGGUCCGGGAGGGCGACAAGCUUUCGGUUCUGGAGCAGCGGGGCGACUACGUGCUCGCCAAGAAACUGACCGGAUCUCUGCAGUCCGGACUCAUCCCCGCUAACUACGUGGCGGUUCUCCACGACGAGUUCGCCAAACACAAGUGGUACUACGGCAACAUCAACCGCACCAAAGCCGAGAAGCUCCUGCUGGCCCCCCAGAACAAAGAUGGCUGCUUCCUGGCACGCAUUAGUGAGAGUCACAGUGACGAGUACACCAUCUCAGCCCGCAGCGACGGGAAGGUUCUCCACUUCCGGAUCCAGCGCUCGUCCAUCGGCGCCUAUUUCGUGUCGGACAAGAUCUCCUUCGGCACGCUGGGUGAGCUGGUCUCGUACUACCAGAAGAACCCUCGCGGUCUGGGCGUGCUGCUGGUGGAACCGUGUGCUCAGCAGCGGGAGCUUUACGACAUGGAGCCUUGGGAGCGGCCUCGAGAGGAGUUCAAACUGCACCGCAAGUUGGGCGAAGGCCACUUUGGAGAAGUGUGGGAGGCGCUGUGGACGGCCGAGAACAAGCGAGUAGCCGUCAAGAUGCUCAAGCAAGAGGACACCAAACAGGACGAGUUUGUGAAGGAGGUGCAGGCGCUGAAGAGCCUCAACCACCCCAAACUGAUCCAGCUGCUGGCCAUGUGCUCGCGUGGAGAACCCGUCUACAUCGUGACCGAGCUGAUGUGCAAAGGAAGCCUCAAGUCCUACCUGGCCUCUGCUGAAGGCCAGGUGCUGACCUCGGCGCACCUCAUCUACAUGGGCAGUCAGGUGGCGGAGGGCAUGGCCUACCUGGAAGACCGCAACAUCGUCCACAGAGACCUGGCGGCCAGAAACAUCCUGGUGGGCGAGGACCUGGUCUGCAAGGUGGCGGACUUUGGACUGGCUCGCAUUAUCAAGGACAGCGUGUACACAGCUAGCCGGAGCACCAAGAUUCCCGUGCGCUGGACGGCGCCUGAGGCCGCCAUUUACCAGAAGUUCUCCGUCAAGUCGGACGUGUGGUCCUUUGGCGUUCUACUCUACGAGAUGAUGUCGCGCGGCAAAAUGCCCUACGACGGCAAAAACAACAAGCAGGUGUUGGACCUGCUGUCGUCGGGCGCCCGACUGGCGUGCCCGAGCAGAUGUCCUCACAACAUCUACCGCAUCAUGAUGGACUGCUGGGCGCCCGAGCCUUCCAAGAGGCCUUCCUUCCACGCUCUGCACAGUCAGCUGGACUCCAUUUACGCUCGCAUCUACUUCAAGACCAUCGAGGUGUGACGACCGCGCGGCGACCCCACGCCGGCGAGGAGUUGGACAAUGUCGCUGACAAAAACAGUCUGUCGUGAAUGUCUCACCUGGCAACUGUUUCCUCAAUGAUGACUGCAGGCCACAAGUAGGCGCUAUGUGCAAUAACGAUGUGCUAGCUGGCGUUUAGCCACUUUAGCUGCCUGACAUUUUUUUUUUUUUUUUUUUGUCCGAACGUAACCGCCAGUCAUGUUCCUCAAGGAGGACGGAACAUUUGCAUUUGUGGAGAGCGAACGUGUGUUCAGACGUGCUCGGUCGCUAAAGUUCUGUGCGUUGACUGGUGCUGUUUGCCAGGGGCGUGCAAAGCAUGGCUCCAUUAUUUUUGUUUUUAAUCUGACCCACUGAGCAUUAACAUGCUCAAGAGUCCUUUACAAAUUUGGGAGGGACUAAUUCAUUGAUUUGUUGUUUAAAGAAAAAAAAUGUUCGAAGAAUAACCACAUUUAUAGACCGGAACAGCAAAACUUCGAGUAAUUGACAGCCCCCCUAAAAUUGUUUAUAGUUGGCCAUGUUAAUUGUUUAAAGCAUAAAUCUACCACGAACUAUGAUCCUAAAAGACGAAAUAUUGUUUCAAACUCACCAUACAACAUUACUCUUAAAAAAAAAAAAAUAGCUUAGCUCUUUUGAUUUUGCUUUGUAAUAGCCACUCACCGGAGCAAAAACACGCACAUGCAACGAAUACUCUCCGUAGCGUCCACUAACCCAGGCUAAACUUCGCUUCUGCAAAUAUGUUGGAACAUUCAAGAUGUAUUAUGCACUUCAGCAUAACUACUUGACACCAAUUACUGCGCUCCUUGUAGCCAAGGAGUUUGCGCUAUCUGCUAGCAUCUUAGGUCAGUACACAGGUUAUUAUGAAACUCCCCCCUUCCCCUCCCCCCCCCAUGUUUUACAUACAUUUGAAUUUGGGCUCCAUUUUCCAAAUCAAACGUGGCCAUUGAAUAGAAAAGUUUGCCCACCCCUGGUUUAAGCUUUGCUGGUUAGUACGCUUAGCGUAGCUUCCCGCACUCAGCGGGUGUGGCUAAAGACUAUUAGCCAAGCACAAAGUAUUACGGUACGUUGAAUCUGGUCUUCGGGCGGCCUCCAGCAGGGGCGCCAUGUUUACACGUUCGCGUUCAUACUUGAGAUUUUUGGCAUUUUUGUGAUGCAAUGCGAGACGACAAUGCAACUUUGCUGCUUGAUCACAUUUACAGUCUUGAGCCAUAAAACACGAAAUGAACAGAGUGACGUGUUAUCACGAACAAUAAAGUCUUUCCAGUCUUUCA